CAGCACCCACGUGACCAGGCUCGGGCAGCCGAGCGCCGAGCGGGCGAGUUUGCAAGGCGCCGGGGCUGCCUGCCGGGUCGGAGCCGCAGUACCGAGCGGAGCCGUCGUCAUGGGCCUGGGCGCCAGCGCCGAGCAGCCUGCGGGCGGCGCCGAGGGUUUCCACCUGCACGGGGUGCAGGAGAACUCCCCAGCCCAGCAGGCGGGCCUGGAGCCCUACUUUGACUUCAUCAUCACCAUUGGGCACUCGAGGCUGAACAAGGAGAAUGACACACUGAAGGCACUUCUGAAGGCCAAUGUGGAGAAGCCUGUGAAGCUGGAGGUGUUCAAUAUGAAGACCAUGAAGGUGCGCGAGGUGGAGGUGGUACCCAGCAACAUGUGGGGUGGCCAGGGCCUGCUGGGUGCCAGUGUGCGUUUCUGCAGUUUCCGAAGGGCCAGUGAACAUGUGUGGCAUGUGCUGGAUGUGGAACCAUCUUCCCCUGCUGCCCUUGCCGGCCUGUGCCCCUAUACAGACUACGUGGUCGGUUCAGACCAGAUCCUCCAGGAGUCUGAAGACUUCUUUUCACUCAUCGAGUCCCACGAAGGGAAGCCCUUGAAGCUGAUGGUGUAUAACUCCGAGUCUGACUCCUGCCGGGAGGUGACAGUAACUCCUAACGCAGCCUGGGGUGGAGAGGGCAGUCUGGGGUGUGGUGUUGGCUAUGGGUAUCUCCACCGGAUCCCAACCCAGCCCCACAACCACCGUAAGAAGCUACCUGGUGCCCUGCCACCUGGCACCUCACCACUUGAUGCCUUACCACCUGAUAGCCCACUACCUGAUGCCUCACCACCUCGGCCCACCCCCCAGGAUUCUCCUGGCCUGGAGAUGAGUUCUAGGCAAAGUGACUACAUGGAGGCCCUGCUACAGGUGCCUGGUUCCUUCAUAGAGGGACAGCUCCCUGGGUCUGGGAGUCCCAGCCAUAGUGCUCCAGACCUUGGGGAACUUCCAUGUUCCACGGAGAUUCCGCUUCAGCCUCCACCUCCAGUGCAGCGAGUCAUGGACCCAGGCUUCCUGGAUGUGUCAGGCAUUUCCCUCCUGGACAGCAGCAAUGCCAGUGUGUGGCCUAGCCUGCCCCCUCCCACAGCUGUUAUAGCCUCAGGGCCAGAGGAUGUUGGUUCCAGCAGCAGUUCUCAUGAGCGGGGUGGUGAGGCCACAUGGUCUGGGUCGGAGUUUGAGGUCUCCUUCCCAGAUAGCCCAGGUGCUCAGGCCCAGCUGGACCACCUGCCUCAGCUGACUCUUCCUGACAGCCUGACCUCUGCAGCCUCACCAGAAGAUGGGCUGUCUGCUGAGCUACUGGAAGCUCAGGCAGAGGAGGAGCUGGAAAGCACAAGGAGCCCAGCUGUUGAGGGGCCAGCCAGCCAAGCCGAGAACUCUACCCCAGAAUUGCACUCUGGGCUGUGACAAGAUCUCAUGAGGUCUAGAUGUUGGA